GUUAUAAAUGUUUUGGACUGACAGUGACAGCUCUGUAUUCACAAAUCAAAUUCUAUAAAUUGUAAAUAAAUACUUAUAUAAAAUAAGUAAAAGUUAAAAAGUCUUGGUUUCUGUAAUCGAAACAUUGUAAAAAGCCAUCAUUAGUUUAACGUGUUUAACUUUUAGUCACGGAAAAUCUUCGAGUUCACAAAAGCGAUGUGUUGAUAUUGCAUUCAUCAUGAAUAUUUAAUUGGAGCUGUUUCACCUAUUCGGGAUUGUAGAUAACUAUCAAAGCUGCAGUAAAGUGUAUUCGUACCAAAUUCUUCAAUACGCUGCCAUGGAUAGUUCAAAUGAUUAUGAUGAUACUUCUGACUACAAUGAGUUGUUUCUUGCAGUCCACAAUGGAGAAUUGGAACUUGUUCAUUCUCUGCUCGAGAAAUAUUCGGCGACAGAAACGAUACGCGGCAGGACGUUGCUGCAUGUGGCGGCUGCAAGAGGACAUGCAGAAAUAGCAAAGACACUUUUAGGUAAUGGAGCCACUAUUGGGGUACAAGAUAUUAAGGGCAAUACACCGCUUGAUGUUUCAUUGGCGAAAGGAAACGUUCAAAUGGCCGAAAUUCUUUUUCAACAUGGUGCUGUUUUAAGUGACAACGAUUUAACUAACAUGGAACCUCUUCGUAACGCAGUUUCAAAAGGGAACUUUGAAAUGGUAAAGCUACUCAUGGCGAACAAAUGUAACAUAGUCGAUGUUCCAAAUGAUGGCGACUAUUUUCCCAAAUCUUCUCUUAAACUUGCAGUGUCAUCUGGUCGUUUGGACAUUCUUGAAUAUCUCAUAAUGAAUGGUGUAAAAAACAGCAAAACAGUUGAGGAAGAUAAACUAGACUUAUUUAUAAUAGUUAUUUUCGAAGGCAGUUUGGAUACUUUAAACUUUUUAGUCGAUAUUGGUAUUAAAGUACAAAACUUAGAUGACGUAUUUAAUACUACAUUUAAUUUGUGUCGUCAUGACAUGUGGAAGUAUUUAGUAACAAGUUUGUCGAAAAUUAGUGCAAAAACGUAUUUUAAAGAAAGGCAGCUUCAUUUUUCUAUUCGAACGGGCCAAGUGGAGACUGUCAAGGCAAUUGUGAAUGAACCAUCAAACGAAUAUGAAUCGGACACUUUCGCCAGAAAAUUAGCCGUUUACAUUGCCGUUGAAAGUGGCAGUGAAGAAAUAUUAGAGAUUCUUCUAAACGCUAAUUAUCCUGUUACUGACAGUCUGUUUAAUUUUAUAAGUCCCCUUCAUCUCGCAGCAACAUUCGAGCACCCGAGACUAGUGAAACUGCUAUUGGACGCUGGAGCUGAUGUUAAUUUGCAAACUGAAGAUUAUCACCGUACACCAUUACAUUUCGCAGCAACUGCAGCGCAGCCAGCUGUAGUUAAAUUUCUUUUAAAAAAUGGUGCUGAUCCCUCUAUAACCUCUAAACGCGGUGAAUCGCCGCUAGAAACGGCUUUGAAGGUUUAUUCAGGCAUAAUUCAUGUAUUAAUACCUGUUACUCCUUCAGUGUUUGAUGGAUUGGUAAAAGUGACGGAGAUGUUAAUUCAGUAUUUGAAUAGUGAAACCACUGAGGAUUUAUUUCACUAUGCAGUUAAAAUGAGAGUUUUAUCAAGUAUCAAUAAUUCAAAACCAAAGUCAGAAAGACUAAUAUCUGCUGUAAGUGAUUUUGUAUUUCGUCCUGAAAUUGUUAUAUGCAUAUUUAAUUAUCUAAGUGAAGAGGAAGUUAAACAUUUUUCUGAGACAUUUUUAUUUGAAGAAAGUGAUUUAUCUCAUUACCCACCAGAGUUGUUUAAACUUUUUGUGGAAUAUAAUAUUGAUUUGAAAUCGUGUUUUGAUAUAGAAUUAUACACUAGCAUUAAAAAUAUCAAGCACCAAUUGCUCUUAAUUGGUUACUCAAAAAACGUUCCUAAUCUUUUAGACACAAUUUCAAAAAUUAUUAAUGAUUACGAUUACGAUGGAGAUUACUACAAUGACGUAGAGAAAAAGAAUAUAAUAGAAAUAUUAAAAUUAUUAUUUUGUCGUUUAGUAUUGUUAAUUACAAAGUGUGAUCGAAUUGAGCUUGAGGAAUGUGAUUUAAUUGAUGUUAUUGAUUGGGUAGAGAAGUGUUUAAAGGAGAAAAGGGUCAUGCAGAGGACGAAAGUUAAUAAAAAUUUAAAUUUCACUUUCUAUGACGUAUUAACGAAAUCAAUGGAUAAAGUUGUAGGGUACUCAAACAAUGAAGAUUUCCUCACUGCAAUAAAAUCUUCACAAAUGAAAUUUCCGAUAUAUGCUGAUUUUUUGAAGGCAAGUGUCGAAAUAGCAGAAAGAAGAAGAAAUUGCAUCGAUAAGAGCACGACGUUAAUGUAUCGUAUGGUUAAAAAAUGUUACAAAAUUCAAAUUUCUACUUCUGAUAUUCGUCACAUGUUCAAGUAUCUCUCUAUUGUAGAUUUGCAAAGAUUUUCAGCCGCUUGUUCCUAAAAUGUAAUUUCAUGACAAAUAAUGCAAAGAUCAGUUUUGUUGAAUAAUUUAGGAUGUAUUUUCCGUCUAUGUACGAUGAAGAAAUUUUUAUUUAAGGAUUUCUUUCCAUCAAUGUAUUAAAUUAUAAUUUAAAUUUUACAUAUUAAUAAUUAUUAUCACAUUAAUAUUUCAGAGUUCAAAUUUAUAGAUGUAUAUUUGCGAUUACAUCGUGUUAACUAUAAGCUUUGAGCCAUUGUUUUGUACGUCGAAACAUAUAAACAUUAACAAAUUAUACGCUUAUUAAAAGUUUGUUUAAAAUAUUUUAAGUGAUGUGACAUUAAAUAAAAUAUAAGCUUUUAUUAUUUUUAACCGCGUCAGUGAGGCUUUUAUUCUCAUAGAGAAUACAUGAGUUUAUAAUAAUUAUACAUUUCAUAAAAAAUCUGAAUAACCUUAAAAUUGUUUUUAGAUUUGAAUUAAUUAAUCUAUUUGUCAGUAAUUCCUCUUUUCCCGUAAUUUCAAAUAGCUUUUAAUUUUUAAUAUGUUUUAAUUAAGGAGGAAUGGUAUACCUAAUCGGGCCAAAAGUUUGUGACAUUUAGGGGAAUUUGUAAUUUUGUUAUUUAAGCUACAUAUAGCAGUUUUUCUUAUUGAAAUCAUAAAAGUAAACAUCAAUGAAUAUUAAAAAGUAUAUAUUAAAUAGGGAAAAGAUAAUAAAUUAAUCAAAUUAAUUUUUUUUAUAAAAGCAGAAAAUAAUUUUUGUAACUGUCUGUACGAAUUUGAAACCUAAGAAAAUAAAAGUUACUGAAAUUCUCUCAAGAUUAUUUUCGGAUUUAUCGAGUGUUCCAUUGCAAACUUUGAAAAAAUGCUAUUAUUACGUAUAUAUGUGUCUUAUUAUGCUGUAAUAUUAAUGUUAUUAAUUAUAAACAUUGUCAAAUAACAAUUUGUAAUGAGCGUUUAAUCGUGACAACCUCGCAAUGCAAAUAGUUUGUUUUUUGAUCGUUGGUAACAGUGUCAAGUGUUAUGAUUUGCAUUUCUGUGGUUAAAAAUAAUGAAAAUUUGUCAUUUUUGGUACCUUUGGCGCCAUCUCUUGGUUCUAUGUACCACUAAACAGCUGUCACAUGUGAGACUUUAUAUACAGUGUUGCCACGUUUUCUCUGUUUGUCUGUCAUAAAAUUAGUUUUCUUCCAGAAACUAAUUAAUUACUUUUAAACUAAUUAGUGAAUAAAAAAGAACCUUCGUGAUUAAUAAAGCUUAAAUCUUGACCUUCAGGAUAGAAUUUUUACAAAAAAUUCUGAUUGUUUUAAGUAUAAAAUUUUUAAUGAUAAACAUGCAAAUUCGUGCUUUCUCCAUAAGAGGUAAUGUUAAAUUAAAUAAUUUAUAACUUGUAAACUAUUUAGUGAAAAGUUCUGAAAUUUGGUGGGUCAUUUUAUUAUAUAAAAGCAAAUCAUUUCCCAAAAUAUCAAAAGAUUCUGAAUGUUUUGAAUUUCUAUACCA